AGAAGAAAAGCCACGUAAAGCAGCGGCACCUUGGGGAAAACGUUGAGGUAAAGCGGUUUUGUCCAUCAAGCUGUAAUCACAGUAAGCUCCAAGAGACUCAGUGAGUCAGAACUUCAGAAACGGAUGCUUAGAGCGGCAGCGCUUCGGUUAAGCGCUAUCAUCACCAUGCCUUCUUCAAUCUCUCUCAGAAACCCUAACUUCCUCAUUUCUUCAACUUCCACAACGCUCUUUCGCUCUCGCCUUCUUCCCUCCCACACCCUCUCCUUCUCCAAUCGCCUCUCGCUCCGAUGCUUCGCUGCACGCGCCGCCUUCGACCGACUUCCCGUUCUCAAUCCCAUCGUCGAAAUGGACGGUGAUGAAAUGACCAGGAUUAUAUGGAGCAUGAUCAAGGAUAAACUUAUAUUUCCUUACCUGGAUUUGAACAUAAAGUAUUUUGAUCUUGGACUUCAUAAUCGUGAUGCUACUGAUGACAAAGUUACGGUGGAAAGUGCUGAAGCCACUCUCAAGUACAACGUUGCUGUGAAAUGUGCAACAAUAACUCCUGAUGAGGCCCGAGUCAAAGAAUUUGGACUGAAGUCUAUGUGGAGAAGCCCCAAUGGCACAAUCAGGAAUAUUUUAAAUGGCACUGUUUUCCGUGAACCAAUAAUAUGCCGCAACAUACCGAGAAUCAUUCCUGGAUGGAAAAAACCCAUAUGUAUUGGUAGGCAUGCUUUUGGUGACCAGUAUCGUGCCACUGAUGCAAUAAUUGGAGGACCAGGGAAGCUCAAAUUGGUAUUUGUCCCAGAAAAUGGUAAUGCUACAACGGAGCUUGAAGUUUACAAUUUCAAAGGACCUGGAGUAGCACUUGCUAUGUAUAAUGUUGAUGAGUCCAUUCGAGCAUUUGCUGAAUCAUCAAUGGCACUGGCUUUUGCAAAGAAAUGGCCUCUUUACUUGAGCACCAAAAACACAAUUCUAAAGAAAUAUGAUGGCAGGUUUAAGGAUAUAUUCCAGGAAGUGUAUGAAGAAAGGUGGAAGAUAAAGUUUGAAGAGCACUCAAUAUGGUAUGAGCAUAGGCUAAUUGAUGACAUGGUAGCAUAUGCAGUCAAGAGUGAAGGUGGAUAUGUUUGGGCUUGCAAGAAUUAUGAUGGUGAUGUCCAAAGUGAUUUACUAGCUCAAGGAUUUGGCUCAUUGGGUCUCAUGACUUCUGUACUGUUAUCUUCUGAUGGCAAGACGUUAGAAGCUGAGGCAGCUCAUGGAACUGUAACUCGACAUUUCCGGCUUCAUCAAAAGGGACAAGAAACUAGUACAAACAGUAUUGCUUCCAUAUAUGCCUGGACACGAGGACUGGAACACAGAGCCAAGUUGGAUAAUAAUGAAAAAUUACUGGAUUUUACUCAAAAAUUGGAGGCUGCAUGUGUUGAGACUGUGGAGUCGGGAAAGAUGACUAAGGAUCUUGCAAUUCUGAUUCAUGGACCUAAGUAAGUGAAUAUCUUUCUUUCUUUCCUCUGCUUACCCAUUUGAAUAAAUUUAGUAUUACAGAGAAGU